CCAAGCCAUUUACAUUUGCUCUUCACUUUCUAUCAUUCUCUUACCGUGAAAAUGACCGUUCUCAUUGAGAAUCAUGCUGAUCAUGAGCAAGCAGAGGAGCAAAAGCAUGUGGAGGAAACAAACGAGCUGGUUUUGGACGGCGGAUUCCCUGUGCCAAAAUCCGUGUCAAAUGAUGAAUUCGUUGUACCGGAAAUCAAUUCCUUCGGCCAGACUUUUAGGGAUUACAAUGCAGGUGAAAGGCAAAAGAGUGUAGAGGAAUUCUACAGGACACAGCACAUUAACCAAACAUAUGAUUUUGUGAAAAGGAUGAGAGAGGAGUACUCGAAAUUGAACAGGAUGGAAAUGAGCAUAUGGGAAUGUUGUGAGCUCCUGAAUGAGGUGGUGGAUGAUAGUGAUCCUGACUUGGAUGAGCCUCAGAUUCAACAUUUGUUGCAAUCAGCUGAGGCUAUCAGGAAAGAUUAUCCUGAUGAAGACUGGUUGCAUUUGACUGCUCUUAUCCAUGAUCUCGGAAAGGUUCUUAUUCUGCCUCAGUUUGGAGGACUUCCACAAUGGGCUGUUGUUGGUGACACAUUCCCUCUUGGAUGUGCUUUUGAUGAGGCCAACAUUCACCACAAGUAUUUCAAGGAAAAUCCUGAUUUCAAUAACCCUGCGUACAACACUAAGAAUGGAAUUUACUCCGAAGGAUGUGGGCUUGACAACGUGAUGAUAUCAUGGGGGCACGAUGACUAUAUGUACCUGGUUGCAAAGGAAAAUGGAACAACUUUACCCUCAGCUGGGCUGUUUAUUAUCCGAUACCACUCCCUCUAUUCCUUGCACCACGAGAGAGCAUACAUGCACCUCCUGAGUGAUCAGGAUAAGGAAGAUCUUAAGUGGCUAAAGAUAUUCAGCAAAUAUGACCUGUAUAGCAAGAGCAAAGUUCUCGUUGAUGUUGAAGAAGUCAAGCCCUACUAUCUUUCCCUCAUCGAAAAGUAUUUCCCCGCAAAGCUCAAGUGGUGAAGCAUGGAGGUUUGGAAGAUAUUCCUGAUAUGACACCCUGCGGUGAUUAGGGAUAUUUUGGGACAUUCAUCUGGCAUUGAGGAAAAUGGAGAAGCAGCUAUGAGGAUUACUUUUGUUCAAAUAGUUUCAUUUAAUUAUGUCGUUAUAAAAUAAAACAAAUAUGAGCUCGUGUUGUUUCUUCUAGAUAUGCUCAUAUUUUAAAUUGUUGUAUGUUCUUGUUUAAUUUAAUAAAUUGAAAUAUCCUAU